UUUUUUUUAAAUUACAGAGACAAGCCCUUUCGAAUGUGGUUAAAUCCCCCCGUUGAGACACCACCUUCUGUUUCAGCCACAAAGAAAGGGGUUCCCAACAGCAGACGUGUCACAGAAACGAUGAGCCACUGCGACAGGAACAAAAAUGCUCCCAACGGUUCUCCAGUAACUAAACAAAACACAAGACGCUCCUCUUAAAAGUCAUGCAAAAGGUUUCAAAGCCGACAACUGUCUCCAGAAAUGAACUGCAGCCAAUCAAACGAAUGAAUUAGUGGAUUUGGUCUGACCCUUUAACCCCCGCGGAGAGGAGAAAGCCACUUCUGAGAUGGAGCAGCUGUCGGACGAUGAGUUGGAUCACGGGGCGGAGGAGGAGGACAGUGACAAGGAGGACCAGGACCUGGACAAGAUGUUCGGCGCCUGGCUCGGGGAGCUGGACAAGCUCACGCAGAGUUUGGAUGAUGGGCGGCCCCAGAAAGCCCUGCAGAAGCCGCCGCUCAGGCAGGAGACGAACAUGGCCAACUUCUCCUACCGCUUCUCCAUGUACAACAUAAACGAGGCUUUGAACCAAGGAGACUCUGUGGACCUGGACGCCCUGAUGGCUGACCUGUGCUCCAUCGAGCAGGAGCUCAGCACCAUCUCUAAGCCCAACUCCAGCUCCCGCAGCCACAGCAAAGGCCAGCAGAGGGCCCCGGGGGGGCGCAGUGCCAGCACCAAGCACUCAGGCUCCGGUGGAGGGGGCAGCAGUGGAGGAAGUACCAGCAGCAGCACUCGAGCCUCGCCGGCCAACACAGUUCGAGGCGGCAGCCUCAACGCUCGCCCCGCCGCCUCCAACAUCUCCCUAGACGACAUCACUUCCCAGCUGGAGAAGGCCUCGCUCAGCAUGGACGAGGCGGCGCGUCAGACCUCCUCUUCCUCCUCCUCCUCCUCCUCUUCGGUUUCCUCUGCCACCCUCCGGCGGCCUUCCUCCGAAUCGUCCGGCGGCGGGAAGCACCGGCGCACGGGGUCGGUGGACGCGGUCAGCGAGAAGGAGGCCGGAUCCCAGCGGUCCAGCGUGAACUCGGCCUCCGCCUCCAGCAUGGACUCUCUGGACACGGACAAGGCGCCGGCAGGAGGAGAAGGGGAGGGGCAGAGCGGCGUGGGCCCACAGGGACAGAACCAGACCAGUACGGAGCAUGUCACGCUGAGGCGGGCCAGCAGUAAGGCGGCCAGACGGCAGCUCGACUUCACCUCCGGGAGGGGGGAAGUGGACCGGGCCACCCAUUCCUAUCUGGACCGAGAAACCUCGCUCAUUCUGAAAAGCAUAGCAGGAAAGCCUUCUCACCUCCUGACCAAGGAGGAACAAGCUGCCAAGCUGAAGGCGGAGAAGAUCCGAGUGGCCCUGGAGAAAAUCAAGGAGGCGCAGGUCAAAAAGCUGGUGAUCAGGGUCCACAUGUCGGACGAGAGCUCCAAGACCAUGAUGGUGGACGAGCGGCAGACGGUCCGCCAGGUGCUGGACAGCCUGCUGGACAAGUCGCACUGCGGCUACAGCCCGGACUGGUCCCUGGUGGAGACCAUCACGGAGCUCCAGAUGGAGCGGAUCUUCGAGGAUCACGAAAACUUGGUGGAGAACCUGCUGAACUGGACGCGGGACAGCCACAACAAGCUGAUGUUCAUCGAGCGCAUCGAGAAGUACGCUCUCUUCAAGAACCCUCAGAACUAUUUGUUGGGGCGGAAGGAGACGUCGGAGAUGGCCGAUCGGAAUAAAGAAGCUCUACUGGAGGAGUGUUUCUGCGGCGGCUCCGUGUCCGUCCCUGAAAUCGAGGGCGUCCUGUGGCUCAAAGACGACGGUAAAAAGUCGUGGAAGAAGCGCUACUUCCUCCUCAGAGCUUCGGGGAUCUACUACGUCCCAAAAGGCAAAGCAAAGGCGUCACGAGAUCUGGUCUGCUUCCUGCAGUUAGACCACGUUAACGUCUAUUACGGUCAGGACUACCGCAGCAAGUACAAAGCGCCCACAGACUACUGCCUCGCCCUGAAGCAUCCACAGAUCCAGAAAAAGUCGCAGUAUAUCAAGUACUUGUGCUGCGAUGAUGUAAGGACCCUCCAUCAGUGGAUCAAUGGAAUUCGCAUCGCCAAGUAUGGAAAGCAGCUGUAUGUCAACUAUCAGGAAGCCAUGAAGAGGACGGAGGCUGCCUACGACUGGUCCUCUCUUUCCACAUCCAGCAUUCGAUCCGCCUCCAGUUCCGCCAGUAUUCCUGAAUCGCAGUCUAAUCAUUCCGGACACUCGGACAGCGGCGUGGACACGGGCUCCUCUCAUGGCCGGUCCCAGAGCGUGGUGAGCUCCAUCUUUUCAGAGGCGUGGAAGAGAGGAACCCAGAUGGAGGAAAGCUCCAAGAUAAGGACGGAAUCGUCUCGCGGGUCCACGCACUCGUCCUCGCACGGCCACCGCCAUCACAGCCAGCACUCGCUGGACCAGCCGCUCCACACCCCCCCUCCACAAACCCCGCAGCAGCUCCCGUCAGCUCAACACCAGCCCCCCCAGAUUUGGUCUGGUCAGCAGACUCCACCCCCAAUGAUGCCACAACCUCCGCAGCAACGCCACGCCGGAGCCUCCCGCCAUCUCCCCUCCGCCCCCCACCUCCCCCAAGGGAAACUCAGGCCAGCCCAACUUCCUCGAAGAUCUGAACCGGACGCUGAAGCGGAAGUCGGUGGGUCGGCAGGGCAAACCGGACCCCGCGGGAACCAUGGACGACAUGGCGCUGCCGCCGCCGCCUCCGGAGCUGCUGCUGGACCACGAGAAGCAGAGCAACGGAGGAAACGGCGGCUACAUGUCUGGAAACAUCUCAGGCUAUGCAACGCUGAGGCGCGGACCCCCACCCGCCCCGCCCAAGCGGGGGGACGCCACCAAACUCACCGGGUAGUGUUGAUCGCAGAAAAGCAGAACUUUAUUGACGGAAACACGUGACCCAAAUCAUCGUCCAACAGUGUUCUUUUUUUUUUAAACGGGAAUCCAGAGCAAAAAAAGAAAAAAGGUUUUUAUACUCCCUUCAUGGUCACGCCCAACAGGAAGCCGAGAAUCGCGCCAACAUUUCCGGAUCAGAGUCUUUUUGCCUUUUUUUUGUAUUUUUUUUUGCCAGAAAAAACGGAACCGGCGCCAGGAGGCGUGUCCUACUGCGACUCUGCAUGGACCACAGCCGUUCCAGUCUGCAUGCAUGCAUCGUGAGCGUGCACGCAUGAGGUCAAAGGGCGUCAGAAUGAAGACUGUUUGGUUUUUGUAUGAAAUAAUUUAAAGAAGUUUUUAAGACUUUUAGGAGCCAGUCGGCGUUUCGGAAGGAAUGUAUGUGCUAAACAAACUUCAUCAAACCAGAGCGUUGCACUACUUGAACCCGAGGGCAGCCUCACUUCUAAAGUCGUUCUCAAAAAGGUCAAAACUGAAGGAAACCUGGUGUCCAAAGAGUCUGAACUGUGCAACUUUUUAUUAAAAAGCCAAUCCUGUAGUGUCUAAGGAGACGUGGGGGGGGCUGCUCUCUGUCUUCAUGUGUCCCUCGUGUGUUCUGGACCUGUACAGAUUUCAGCUGCUGCUCCGUUCCGGUCUCAAAUCGCAUGGUUUCCAGGAAGUAGACGCAGCCCGUCAAAGGAAAUAUAGGAUUAGCCCAAACGUGCAUUUCAACUCUGUCGUCUCUUCUUGGUGCCAUCGCUGCUCUUUUAUUUUGAAAUCUUUCUCUCUGAGGAUGACAUAUCAUUCAUAAUCGCAUCAUUUUAAGCGUGUAGAACCUCUCAGACGUUUCCAUUGGUCUCCUUACGGUUUUCCAACCACACUUGGACUGUGUAUCUAAUGUCUUUUUACAGCCAGCAGGAUGGAAGUUAUUUAUGUGCUGAUGUAAACGUGGGGUCAGAUGAAGUGCAGAUAAAGCAACAAAAAAAGGCUUCGGGUUGAAUUAUUGCGUCAUCUUGCAUAUAAACUGAAAAAAUCUCAAUAAUAAGUGUUCAAACAAGA